AGCCACCGAUGCGAGCCCGGUAAUUCAAGCAAAGUAUAUCGGUAAAUGCUUCUGGGUGCAUGUCCCAGCCUUUUUGUAAUCAUCGGCAAGAGAUAAACCCCAGAUGACGCUACCCCGCACGCCACGCUGAUCCGCAUCCACUUUCCGGAGGUUAUCUCCGCAUAGGACAUGUUGGGGAAUACAAAGUAGGUAACCCGAGCCAUGGCCCUGGUCGCUUAUUCCCUGCAUCAGGGCCAUGCGUGGGCAAUUGACAGGAGUACAAAACCGCGUUGGGCCGCACUUGAGGAUCCGGAGUUCAACGUCCCGCUUGGAACAAUCGGUGCCUGGGGCCAAAACACGCACAAUGUCGAGGGACGCAGAGAAGACGCCAGGAGAUUUCAAAGAUGGAGCUCUUGGGGCGAGCGAUUUCGUGGAAAAAGAGCAUGUUGAAGACAAAGCGGUAAUUUCAGAUGGCGAGGUGGAAGCGAACCACGUCGAGGUGUCUGAAGCUGAGGCGAGGCGGAUUCUGGCGAAGGUGGAUUAUCGACUCGUACCUAUGUUGGCACUCCUCUAUCUGGUCGCAUUUAUAGAUCGGUCCAAUAUUGGAAAUGCGAAGAUUGCAGGUCUCACUGAAGAUCUCAAAAUGAAGGGCUUGCAAUACAAUACUGCCGUCACUCUGUUCUUCGUCCCAUACACGCUACUGGAAGUUCCUUCCAAUAUCGUGCUGAAGAUGAUGAGGCCGAGUCGCUGGAUUGCGAUCCUUAUGUUUUCAUGGGGCUUGGUGAUGACGUUGAUGGGUUUAGUUUCCAGCUAUGGCGGUCUUCUCGCCGCUCGCUGGUUCCUAGGUGUAACAGAGUCUGGCUUCUUUCCAGCAGCAACAUUCCUUCUGACGCUAUGGUACCGAAGAUACGAAGUCCAGCGCCGCAUGGCGGUAUUUUACGUAGCCGCAUCCCUAUCCGGAGCCUUUUCUGGGCUUCUGGCCUUCGCGAUUCAGAAGCUCGACGGCCGAGCAGGACUCUCUGGAUGGCAGUGGAUCUUCCUGAUCGAAGGUCUUAUCCCGGUCGCACUGGCUCUUGUCAUAUGGAAGAUCCUGCCAGAUUCACCGGAAACCGCAAGUUUCUUGAAACAGGAAGAGAGGGAUUUCUUAGUCCGCCGCCUUGCAGAGGAGACUGGCUCUGGACAUGGCAGAGUCACGAACCAAGACAAGAUUAACAAGAAACACAUCGUUGCAGGAUUAUCAGACUGGAAGGUCUGGGCUGCUGUUGUUAUCUUCUGGGGAAAUACAUGUGGCGUAUACGGCUUCACUGCGACGGUUCCCACCGUCAUUGCAGAUCUCGGCUACUCGUCUGCCAAUGCGCAGCUCAUGACCAUUCCCAUCUACGUUUUUGCGACCAUCAUCACGUUGAUCUUCGCGUGGUGGUCUGAUUACAAGCGUACUCGGUCGCCCUUCAUCAUCGCCGGCUACUGCAUCGCAUCUUGUGGCUUCAUCGCUCAGCUCGCGAUUCCGCAUCCGAAAUACCCCGGUCUCACCUAUGGCUUUCUUUUCCCCGUGGCUGGCGGACUCUACUGCCCGUUCAUCUCACUGGUAUCAUGGAUUGCGAACUCGCUCGCCCCAAGCUCGAAACGUGCCGUGGGCAUGGCACUGCUCAUUUCCGUGGGUAACAUGGGCGGCAUCAUGGGCUCCAACAUCUAUCUUGCGCGCGAAAAGCCAAAAUACCGCACCGGGUUUGGAGUAUCUCUCGCCAUGUGCAUUGCCGCCAUUGUGAUGACCUUCGUCUUGAGGUGGGCAUAUAGCCGAGAAAAUGCGAAGAGGGAUCAGCUGCUUGCUGAGCAUACGGAAGAAGAGAUUCGAGCUCAAUAUACGGAGGAGCAGAUGCUGGAACUUGGUGAUCGAAGCCCUUUUUGGCGAUAUACGCUAUAAAGCUUGCCCGUGGGCACAUGUGUUUGGAUUAUACGAUCUGCACAGGAAGGUUCUUUGGCGUGCAGAACAGAGAGUAAACAUAGCGAAAUGCAAAGAGAAGUCGCCAGCGCGUUACAGGCAGGGCUGAAUACAGCAGGAUUGACUUGAGUGACAGCAAAUGUAGCGGUCUGACAUGGGAG